AUGCUUUCCAACUCCGUCCUACCCCUCCUGGCCGGGGCCUCCAUGGCCUCCGCGGCUCUGACCUACGUCGGCGUCGACUGGUCCAGCGUGGCCGUCGAGGAGGCUUCGGGCGUCAGCUACAAGACUGCCUCGGGCACCACGGAGGCUCUUGAGACCAUCCUCGCCGGCGCGGGCGUCACCACCGUCCGCCAGCGUAUCUGGGUCAACCCGUCCGACGGCAGCUAUGAUCUUGACUACAACCUGGCCCUGGCCAAGCGUGCUAAGGCUGCCGGCUUGGGUAUCUACCUUGACCUGCAUUUCAGCGACACCUGGGCGGACCCGAGUGACCAGGCUAUCCCCAGUGGCUGGCCUACAGCCAUUGCUGACCUGUCUUGGGAGCUCUACAACUACACCCUGGACGUGUCCAAUGCCUUCGCCGAGGCAGGCAUUUCACCGCAGAUCAUCUCCAUCGGCAACGAGAUCAGCAACGGCUUGUUGUUCCCCACGGGCGAGGCGUCGACCGCAGGCUUCGACAACGUGGCCACCCUGCUGCAUAGCGCGGCCUGGGGUAUCAAGGACUCAGACCUGACCACCCAGCCCCAGAUCAUGAUUCACCUGGCCAACGGCUGGGACUGGUCCCUGCAGGAGUGGUUCUAUGAGGGCCUCCUUGCCGCCGGACCCCUGGCCUCCACCGACUUCGACGUCAUGGGCGUCUCGUACUAUCCUUUCUACUCGGACGAAGCCACCCUGUCCGCCCUGCAGACCACCCUCGAGAACAUGUACAGCGCCUGGGGCAAGGACCUCAUCAUCGCCGAGACCAACUGGCCCACCUCGUGCCCAGACCCGGAGUACUCGUUUCCUUCCGACACCACCAGCAUCCCCUUCUCUGCCGCCGGCCAGUCCACCUGGCUCAAGGACGUCACCGCCGUCGUCGAGGACGUCUCGGGCGGUUCGGGCCUGUUCUACUGGGAGCCUGCCUGGAUUGACAACGCCAACCUGGGCAGCAGCUGUGCUGACAACUGCAUGUUCUCGUCCUCGGGUGAGGCCCUGUCCAGCGUGGCCACCUUCGGGUCCCUGUAA